UUUCGCUGAUACGCCAUUGCGACAAACCGCUCUGCCUAUCAAAUCCUGGGUUAGUCGUCGUCGAUGUAAUCCCGUGUGAGGAUCGUAAAGCCAGGAAUUUUGAGUACGAGACCGCAAUCAACAACUUAGAGACUAAUCAAAAUGCGUCUUUUGGAUAAAUCGAAUAAAUUGCACGUCGAUAAAAGCCCGCCUUCGCAGAUGAUCGACAUUCCGAUCGAUCCACCAUGUUGCGUCGUAUUGACGGACUCGAGGAUUCAAAGUACAGGAACAACAUCUGACAAAUGCAAGAUGAAGUCGGGCGGACACGAUCAUUCGAAGUUUUACGCGCGGCACAAAUAUAUACUUUUUGGAGCAAUUUUAAUCUUAUUGAUUGUACUCUUUUUGACGAUCACCAAUCUUGCGUUUUCGAUAAUGUCCGGACAUGAUGUUCAUAAUGCUUCAGUUCCAAUUCAACCGGAAGCACACGUGGAGCGGAUGAUCAGGAAAGGCUUUCCUCUCGGCAGGAGAUCAUUGUCAAAAUCCCAGAAGGGAGGAAUGAUCGAUGAAGACCCAUCUUUCAGUGAUCAGACGGAGCUUACGAGCCAGAUAGCACGAGUUGCAGCAAGCGACGCAUUUCCAACAAUAAAUGGAAGAAACACCGACGCGCGUUUCAAGCGGGAGGCAUCUCGCAGAAGAAGAGAUUGCAAUUUGAGCGCAAAACAUUGCGAGACAUUGUUGAAUGAGUUACAAAGCUAUCUCAUGGAUCUCAAAAAUAAGUUUGCAAUGGCAAACGGCGGAAAAUCGCCGUUGUCAGAGGAUAUUCUGAAAUGCCUUGAAUGCAAAAAACUGAUAAACGACGCGGAUGAAAAUGUCGAAUAUCACACGCCACGUGCGGAAGAUCAAUAUCUUAUGCAUGAUUAUGCCGAGCAAAAUAGCCCGAGCAAUUUUGACACCGCCGUCAAGUUGUUGGACGACGCAAAGGCUGAAAACGGCUCAAAACGGACAGAAGUUAAUCGGACGGAAGCGACAAAAAUCCAGCUGCUGGGGACAGACACAGCUAUAGAUAAUCGAUCACAAAGUUCCACGAAUCAAUCAUUGAAAGAUAUCAGUGUAUCGGAAACCAUUACUGUAUCAAUUGAUCAUAUUGAAUCCAAUGAAAGCCGACGGAUAAACGAAAGUGACGCUAAUAAUUCGAGCAUUAAUGACAAACAGCCAGACAGCAAUCAUACCGCGAACGACUCGAAUGUAAUAAAUGUAAUAAAAAUCCAAGAUGAUAAAAACAUUCCUGUCACGUUGAAAGUCGAUCAACAACGUGUUACAUUCGAAAGUAGAGAUGUCACGAGCGUGAGACCGUGGCCUACAACGCAGUCGAGCAACACGAAAACGCAGUACAGCGCUACUACGAAAGAUAAUGAAUAUUCCGGGGAAGCCACAGUCACUGAUUCGAUAGGAACAACAACCGAAACGGCAACGGGGACUAUUGACGAUCUUACGAAGCAGAUUAUUAAAAAUACGCCAGCAGGAUACGACGUGACUAGAAUCGCCGACCAAAUGACAGUGCAACCUUUGAUGCGUCCUUCGUUCGAGAGACACCCGGAAAAUCGAUCGACUGCGGCGACGAAUGGAAUCGCGGAAAACACGAACUCCAAUCAACAACUGCAAUUGAACUCCACUGCAUGGACAAUGCCGCAUCCGGUUUGCUUCUUCGGCCAAUAUCCCGCCUCAUCUGCUAACACACCGUUAUCUCCGGCAUCAGUGUUUUAUCCAGGUUUCUCCUCCGGGCAAAAUCGCGGUUUUCCGUUCCAGAUUCCGCAAGAAUCCUCGUCACCCAAUUAUGUGCAGUCGAAUACGGUGCAGUUUUUGCCAAGAUUUAACUACGUCGCCAGUCUGUCUCAGCCGACGGGACAAGGCGUUGGUCCCAUUGGACCUACUAUAUCAAACGCACCGAAUGCACCGAUCUUUCCGCUGAAUCAGCAGCCGACAGGAAUGUCCCAGCAGCCAGUUGCAAACAUGCCGUAUUUUUGCGGCUAUUUAUCACUGCCGACUAUACGCUUUCCACCGAUCCCUGGCACAUCGGAAUCCGACCGCUCUGUCGAUGAAACAAAAGACCUUCCGAAAGAAUCGCGACAGCGAUUUCCGGAGGACGAUGUUAACACGCAGACUGGCCCACGUUUAUUUACGUUCGACAGAUGUCCUGUAAAUUAUCAUCAGUGUAAUAAUCAGCACUGUAUCCCAAGGGUGAAAUGGUGCGAUGGCCGUGUCGAUUGCACCGACGUCAGUGACGAGACAAGAUGCUCCUGUAGAGAUCGAAUAUCACGAGAUCGACUUUGCGACGGUUAUUUCGAUUGUCCGCACGGAGAGGACGAGCUCGGUUGUUUCGGCUGCCCAGCGGACUUUUUCAGUUGCGAUGAUUGGGACAAUCGUUAUAGUAAUGAUAACUGCGUACCACUUUCACAACGUUGCGACGGGAUAGAACAAUGUACCAACGGAAAGGACGAGCAAGACUGCAACAUACUUCUGGAAACGCACAUGGGUCCAAACGACAUGGCUGGUUUUAUGGUUGGUUAUGCUCAAGGAUUUCUGCAUAAGAACAUGCAUGGAAAAUGGUAUCCUGUUUGUUCAAAAACAUUUUCUUGGGCAGAGGAAGCUUGCAUAUCAGAAAUUGGUUGGCCACUAUCAUCGACUCUAGAGAUACAAACUGUUGAUGUACCUGAGGAUGUCUUUCAAGGUCUCUACGUGAUAGAAACCGACAAUAACGAUAUACAGACGACGACAUGUCCGGGUAAAGCGGUAUUCGUCAAAUGUCCGCCGUUACCUUGUGGUACCACGGCCCUACCUCGUCAGAAUUUCUUCCCCUUCAACACAACGAAGAACAGUUAUACGUUCAGAAGACACGCAGAGGAACAAUUACAAAUUGCGGAAUUCAAUAAACUCUACCGAGAGACGCUGAGCCUGCUAAAUACGAAUCAGUCGGUGUCCGAGGAGAUAAUGCAAGAUCAGAAUAAAACUCUCGUCGGGACGCAAUCGCGAGUAGUCGGCGGUCGAGCGAGUCAGCCUAGAGCUUGGCCCUUCCUGGUCGCUAUUUACAAGGAUGGUCACUUCCAUUGCGGCGGUGUUAUUCUCAGCGAGACUCAUAUAAUCACUGCAGGUCACUGCAUGAAAAGAUAUGAGGUGCACUACUAUGAAAUACAAGCUGGUAUGCUCAGGCAGUUAUCAUUUUCACCAACAAUACAGUUGAGAAAGGUGAAAUACGUGAUUAUUCAUCCUGGCUAUAGAGACCAAAAUAUGCAGAACGACAUUGCAGUGAUCACAUUGGAUAAACCUCUUCUUUUCAAUCGAUGGGUCCGCCAAGUUUGCCUACCGGAGUUGAACACCGCGGGUGAAGAGUGGAAAGAAGGCCCGACGCCGCAGUCCGUAUGCGUUGCAAUUGGAUGGGGAGCCGUAAAAGAACAUGGACCAGAGCCCGAUCAUUUGCGAGAAGUGGAACUGCCGAUUUUGUCAUCGUGUAAACAUCCGAUCGAUCAGAAUAAUGCCACCAUCUGCGCAGGGUACCCUGAGGGUGGCCACGAUGCCUGUCAGGGUGAUAGUGGUGGCCCCUUAAUGUGCAGAAAUCCAAAUUUAGAAUCUCAAUGGUACGUAGCUGGCCUAGUUAGCCACGGUGAGGGAUGCGGACGUCCAUAUGAGCCCGGUGUUUACAUGAAAGUGAGUUAUUAUUUGGACUGGAUUUUGCAAUCAUUUGAAAUGUUAGAUAACUACACGGAGUCUUCUUCUGAAAAUAAACCCUUGAGCUCAUGUCCAGGAUUUACCUGCCAAUCGAGCCUAGAAAAAUGUUUACCGUCAAAGAAACGUUGUGAUGGGUUUGUAAACUGUUUAGACGGAGAAGAUGAAAUUGGAUGCAAAUUUCUGGACAUGAAAUCUGAAAGAUAUAAAGAAUCGGAUUCCAAUGAUACAUCAGUGAAACCGCAAGUAGGCGAAUCUAACGAUACCACCGAAAAAAAUGAAGUAAACACGGAAGAGAUUCCUAUUUCUACUUCUUCCUAUUUCUUCUAUCAGACAGAAAGUUAUAACGAAGAUUCAACCGUGGAUAUCUACGCAACGCCUGAAGUAAGAUUAACAUUCACCUGCAGAAGCCUGAUUCAAACCAUAACGAUCAACAAAAGAUGCGACAAACAUCUGGAUUGCGAGGACGGCACUGAUGAAAAAGAUUGUACCUGUAAAGAUUAUCUGUUGAAUUUUCAACCCACAGCAAUUUGCGACGGACAUUUGGAUUGCGAUGAUGAGACGGACGAGAAAGAUUGCGGUAGCUGCAAAGACGACGAGUUUCACUGCAACAGGAGCAACAGAGAUUGCAUUCCUCUGACGAAAAAAUGUGACGGAAAUUUCAAUUGCCCUCUAGGGGAGGACGAAGCCGAUUGUCUUGCACUAACUAAUGGAGAAUACAUAAAUGUGGACAGCGAUAAUCGGCCGAUUUUGAACACGGAAGGUUUGCUCAGUAGAUACCACAAUGGAACGUGGCAUGUGCAAUGUGCUACGUCAAGCAUAUUAGAGAAUAGCACUGUAUCGUCGACAAUUGGAGAAAAUUUAUGCAAAUAUCUCGGAUUCACGAGUAUACAAUCGUUGGAUAAGAUCGUUGUGAAUAAAACAGCGCUGGAAACGAAAGUCUCGCGAAGAUGGCAUAACGCGACGGGUUACGAACCUUCGUCGGAGCACGUUGCGGCGAGUGCGAGAGGCGAGACGUGUACGGCACUACAAUUUCGUUGUAGACCGGUUUUGAGCAGCAGCGUCGAGUCGCAUCUGGUCGUCGAUCCGAAAACCAGAAACCAUACCUACCUGUGGCCAUGGCUAGCAGCCAUCUUCGUUGAUGGCCGUUACCAGUGUUCAGCCUUACUCUUGGAAUCGAAUUGGCUUUUGUCCAGUUCGAGCUGCACGAAAGAUAUCAGAUUAUCAGUGAAUUAUACAACAGCCGUCCUCGGCCAAAGCCGUUCUUUUCUCUAUGUAGACGGACCUUAUCAAGAGAUAUCGAUUGUUGACGAGAUCAGAGACGUAAAAAGAACGGACAUUUCGUUACUUCACUUGAAAACUGCAGUGAACUUUACCCGUUAUGUACAACCGCUGUUCUUAGAGAAAAAAAUAUAUCCAUCAGCAAUAGAAGAUCUAUGCGUGGCAAUUGGCACAAACAAUGACCACGUGACGCAAUCGAUCUUUCUCCAACCGGUCCUCCAAAAUUGCGACAAUUGUUAUCGUUGUUUCGUCGAAACUUCAGAGAGCAAGUGCUCGGCUAAUGGAACUUCUUCGGAUUGGAGCGGAUCAGUGUUUUGUCGCAGUGAGGAAGGAUGGUAUCCCGCGGCUAUAUUUCAUGAGAAGGAUGGCCCGUGCAGCUUCCGAAACAUGCGGAACUUAACGAGCUUUGAUUACAUCCACGUCUACCUCACGCAAGCUUUGGAGAAAGCGCCACAACCAACGUCUGAGGCUACAUGCGAUGGUGUUCGGUGUAAAAUUGGACAAUGCAUUCCUUGGAAUCAAGUAUGCGACGGUGUGACAGAUUGUCGAGACGGUGCAGAUGAGAAUAGUAAAAUGUGCCUGCAAAUGCAACAAAGUGGAAAAAGAAACAGGACCAAUCACAAAUGCGCGAAGUCGGAGUUACGAUGCGAGAACAGCGAGUGUGUCUUGAAGAGCGCAUUUUGUGAUGGUAAAGUGGAUUGCUCGGAUGGGACUGAUGAACCUGUAAUAUGUAGCUGCGCAGAAUAUUUAAAGUUGACUGCACCAGAACGAUUAUGCGACGGGGUGCGACACUGUUUCGAUAAGACGGACGAAUCGCCAGAAGCAUGUCAAUGCACUGAAAACAGCUUCAAAUGCAAUACAGACAGCAGAAAUUUUACUUGCAUCUCGCAAGAUUUCGUAUGUGAUGGCGACAAUGAUUGCCCGAACGGUGAAGAUGAAAUGGAAUGCAAAAAGGUGCAAGAGCAUGGAAGAAAUAGAUCUGCUGCAGGCGAAGUGAUGCAACGGUCUUACGGUGUAUGGCACACUUUGUGUUAUUCGUCAGUAGAAACGUCAGAGAAUGAAGCAGUAAAUGCAUGCCUAAUGAGUGGUUACACAGACGGAGUUAUUGAUUACGAAUUACAAAUUUUCGACGAACCUGUCGUUCCAUCUCUCGAUGAUUUCUACAUGAUACGAUUAAAUUCUGACACGUGGCUAACCAUGCGUGAUGCUAAGCCGCUUAUAACUUUGGUCCGACCGGAGAAACCCUGUUAUCGUCUCUUUGUCAGGUGUAAAUAGUGGAAUCUAUUGUUUACAAAUCUGGUGCAAAUUUUUCUUGGAAUUCUUCAUUUUUUUCAUAUUUAUUUGUAGAAUUUCUGUAAAAUUUUAUAAUUUUUUUUUAAAUUUACUAGACUUUUAAAAUGAAUUAUUACAACACUUCAGAAGUUUCUAUAGAGGAAGUUUACAUUUUUUCUCAAAUUCUUUAUAUAUAAAUACUGAAAUCUUUUAAGAUUUCUUUUUUUAUAAUUUCCGCAAAAAACUUAUAAAAUUUGAAAAAGCUUAAAACAUUUUUAAUAAAGAAGUCUUCAUAAUUUUGAAAUAUGAAAAAUAUUAAAAAAUUUUAUGAAAUGUAAAAAUUUUGUUCAUUAAGGAAAUUAAAGCAAUUGUGUUAAAAUAGUAUUAUCUCUAUACCUUUUUUACGAUAUGACAAUUGAAUAUAAAAGGUAUUUUAAAAUGUGAAAAACACAAAGUAAUAUUAAGUUUUAUACAUUGGUAAAAGAUUAAUUUAUUCAGUUGUAAUACAAUAAUUGCAAUGUACAAGCGAAGCAAAGCUAUUUAGGAAAUAAUUCUUUUUCAACUUUUAAGUAAGUAGAUGAUCAAAAGAGUUACGUGAGUAGGGAUGCUGACAAUAUCCCAAACAAAUGUUAUUAUUAUUGUCACAUUUUUCAUUACAUAAUAUAUUAUAUUUAAAUUUACAUUAACUAAAUCCUUAGAAGAUAAAGGAAUGUAAAAAAUAAACUUUAAGACUAGUGGACAAUAAUUUCUAUUUUUUUUUUUCCAAAACAAGGUUUCUAAUCUUGCAUUUCUACGUUGCCUGGGAUGCUGUGGCCACCUCACCUAUUUACUUAAAAGUUAAUAGAAUAAACAAGUACAUUAGUAUUUUUAUAAUAAUAGAUAUGUUUAUUUGUAUCUUUUAAUAGAAUAUCUUUUAAAUAAAUCU